UCGAAAACCCCUUCACACGAAAAGUUUUGGUAGAAGAACGCGUCCAGGGGGAAGGUGAAACGAAGGUUCAUAAGUCUUUGUUUCUGGUUCGACUCUGUUAGAAGUCAUUCAUUUCUUGAUUCCUCUGUUUUGCGUUGUAUCCGAUUAUGGUGAAAGCAGCGAGCGAGAAUGGCUCUUGUUCCGUGGCACCUUUCUUGACCAAAUGUUACGAUAUGGUUGAAGAUCCUUCCACCGACUCCAUCAUCUUUUGGUCUCAAUCCGAUAACAGUUUCAUCAUCGAUAACGUCUCUCAAUUCUCUCUCACUCUUCUUCCUAAUUACUUCAAACACAACAAUUUCUCCAGCUUCGUCAGACAACUCAAUAUCUAUGGUUUCAGGAAAAUUGAUACGGAUAAUUGGGAAUUUGCCAAUGAAAACUUCAUUAGGGGUCAAAAGCAUUUGUUGAAGAAUAUACGUAGAAGGAAACAUCCACAUGUUACAGAUCAGCAAAAAGCAUUGCCGCAGAAAAACAAUUCUGAUGAACCGUCGCUAGAAGCAAUUAAUUCUAGCCUGUGGAAACAAGUCGAGAAUCUCAAAUCGGAUAGAAAAACCCUGACACAGGAGUUGGUUAAACAUAAGCAGCACCUUGAAUCCUCUGAGAGUAAGUUGCUUCUAUUGAGUGAUCGUCUGGAUGGAAUGGAGAAGCAUCAACAGCAGAUGCUAUCGUUCUUGGUCAUGGUCGUACAAUGCCCUGGAUUCCUGGCUCAGCUGCUUCACCCUAAGGAAAAUAACUGGCGUUUUGCAGAAGAAGGGAAUAUGUGGGACCACAGUAGCCAAGAUGACGAACCAGUUCCUUCAGAUGGAAUCAUUGUGAAGUAUAAGCCACCUGUAAGUGAAACACUAAAGCCUGUAGUUCCGCUAUCUUCUGCCUUUGAACCAGAACCUGAACUUUCUGCAGACGGGAUGAAAGACUUGUGCAUCAGUUCUGAGUUCUUGAAAUUGCUCUUAGAUGAAAAGUUAUCUCCAUUAGAUAACCAUUCUCCGUUUCUCGUACCGGAUUUACCUGAUGAUGGUUCGUGGGAAAAACUUUUUUUGGGCUGUCCUUUCCCCGAAAAUGUUGAAGAUACUGAUCAUGAAAAUGAGAGGCACAAUGUUAGUGAAAUGGAGAUGGAACCUAUCACGGAAACUCCAAAUGAAAGAUCUGCUUUUGAAGCAAUGAUUGUAGAAAUGGAGAAAACUCAAGCAUGAGUGUGAAUUAUAUGCUGCUGAGGGAGGAUAUUGGGUCGGUCACAGGGUUUGGAUUCUCAAACUGAGAAAAUUGAACUUCAGCUUUAAAAAGUAGCAAAAUUUAGAGAGAGAAGGAAGCAAUUUUCCUUGCGGCUAAGUCAUAGCGUUAUCAAGUCACCUUUUAACUAUUUUUUCUUCCAUCUUCCUCCAGCAGUUGUUUGAUCCUCAUCUCGAUUCAGUAAGUUGAAGAGAAGCGGUGGUGCUUGCAACGGUUCUGUCAUCGGCAAUUGUGUUGGUUUGACGAGCAGGGAGGUUGAGAAGCGUAGGACAAGGAAUUUUAGAGAGACGCAAUCGGAGGUUGGAGAGUAUGAUUUAUCAUUGGGAAGAAGAUCAUGUGAUACUGAUCCUAGGUUAUCUGUGGAUGAUUUGAGGUUUUCAUUCGAUGCACCUCAGGCUUCUUGGGAUGGUUAUUUGAUUGGAAAAGCGUGUCCGAGGUUUUCCCCUAUGGUUGCUAUUAAUGGUGAUAGGGUUUUGGUUGAGGAAGAAGAAGAAGGACAAGAAGAGGUGGUGAAUUUGGAAAGUGGUGGUGGUGGAGAGCAUUAUCCUGGUGGUUCAGAUCAGACCAAGCAUUAUUAUUCGGAUCGGAGAAGGAGAAGUUCUGAUAGGUCAAAUUGUCGUAGGAAUUCAAUGGUGAUUGGAGAUGUUGAUCAAUUGAGAGUGAUAUCUAAUGCCAAGGUUUCACCGGCCACAACCGAGUUAUUCUAUGGUGCAAAAGUCUUGAUCACUGAGGAAAGAUUUGAGGGGUGCUAAUCUGAAUCCUAAGAACAAUGGUAUUGUUCAUUCUGAUUGUACUACAGGGUCUUCUUCUAAGGAGGCUUGUGAUGUUGAAAUUGGAGUUGAUCAAAAGGGGCCGAACAAGUUUCACAAAUGGGGCAUGUUGUGGAAUAAAUUGGGAUUAAUACAGAGGAGAAAGGAAGAUAAGUUGGGAGAGGUAGAAUGUGUUUCUGGUAAUGCUGUUAAUAAGCCGAUUGCCGAGUCUUGGCAGAAGCUUAGGAGGGUUGUUAAUGGACAAGGGAGUGAAUCGGUCCUGAAACCAAAGGCAAUGUUUUGAAUGGAAGACAAGAGCUUACGCUUCAAAGGAAUCGAAGUGUUAGGUAUUCGUCGAGUAAUGUUGACAUCGGUCUAUUAAGAUUCUAUUUGACACCAUUGAAAAGCCAUCGGCGAAGCAGGUCAGGAAAGAGUAGCAGGAUUUGAAUCCAUCAGCUAGAAGUUUCUUGUAAAGCUGUAACUUUUGGUAGGAAAAAUUAUAUAUAGUGUUGUUGUUUCUCUCCAUUAGAUAAAGUUCUUCACCCUGUUAAAUUUUGGUUGCAAUUGUUCACACUAUAUGUUUGUAGCAGAAUAGAACAUUGAUACCACAAUAUUAUUGGCAUAAUAAAUUUCUGAUUUCAACAA